AUGGCUGGAAAAGCCAGGGUCGCGACCAAGGCCAAAGCCAAAGCAGCUGCUGGGAAGACUUCGAAGAAGUCAGCUCAGCAAGGAAAGAAAUCCACGCGCAAGGAGGCAGGGCCGAAGUCUGCGGGCCCAGAUCGGGGCCGUCCCACCGCCAAAGUGGCUGCGAAGCACAGGGCUGAAAAGCACAAGGGUCACAAGGGCAAGAACGGUGGCAGCAAGAAGCAGAAGCAAGCUUCGAAGUUGAGGGCCAAGCAGUGGCAGCCGUGCAAGUUGUGUGGCCGAACGCCGGAGGAAGUGAAGAAGGAUGGCGAGCUCUGGGGCCAGUACGACACGUCUGGCCAGCCAGUUGGAGCUGGCUGCAGGCUGGACCUGGAGACGCUGGUAGAGGGCUGGCCGGGGAUCUCGCUGGAGAGUGCGGCAGAGAUGUUGCACUCAAGAGAGGCAAAGACUGCGGGGUUUCGACAGGAGUUUCCGAAGGCCAAGCGGAUCAAGAAGGAUUCUGGAGUUUUGAAGUCGCGGUUCAACCCAGCUUCUUCUGUGAGGACCCAGAAGUUUCGCUUCCGCAUGGUGUACCACGACACCGCUUUCUUAACAGACUCCGAGCUCCAGAACUUGACCGACGUCCCCGUGGCCGCUUUGAAAGUGAAAACACACAGAGGGGCGAUCCAGGUGGAGGACCGGUCGGAAACGGUUCAGGGCACGUUCCUCUCGCUCAAGGGCAUGCCGGAGGAUGUCCGUUCGUGGGUUCGCAAGGUGAGGCACGGCUACGUGACUCAGGUCUCCCAUGACGAGGACCGAUUGGUCCCAGACAGGCAGAUCCGAGCGGAGCAGGGGAAUCUGUUGUUCGACUUUUUCUCGGACAAGAUGAGGGAAAGCGCGGAGAAGGCCUGCAGGACCAAGCACCGCCCCAGCCUGCCAGAGCUCUCCACCUUGCUUCAGCAGGCUGCGGCGUACAGACAGGAGAAUGUCGCUGACGUCCCCGGGGACGCCGAGGAGGACAUUGCCGAAGGCGAGCAGGGUGAAGAGGAGGACAAGGAAGAGGACCCUGUUGUCUCCGAGGGUGAGGGCCCGGACGCUGUCGCGCGCAGCCAGGCCAGCAAGCAGAUCUUGGUUCAGCCAGAGAUGACUGCAGCUCCCAGCCUGGAAGCUGGAUCCUUUGACGUGCCGACAAAGGCCUCCUCGACCAGGCAGAUGGGCUCGAAGUCUGGAAAAGGCGCCAAGAAGAAGAAGGGCGUCAUCAGGAAGCUGAAGGGCAAGGUGUACAAGUGCUUCCACAGCUUGAACCCUGCCCAGCACCUGGAAAAGCGGGCCAGACGGGUCGCCGACACCAUGAAGGGCCAGAAGGCGAGCCAGCAUGCUCUUUUGACAUCCCGAGUGGAUCUGAUGGAGCACAUCGACAAGCUCGUGAUCCCACCGGGCGCCAUCGCGAAGAUGAGUGUGCCGGCGCUUCUUGCGAGUCUUCACAAGCUGAAGGAUGAGGAUAUCGAGCUGCCGUUUGACCUACGCCUCCUGGUGUUGGAAAGGUUCACUGCCGAGGCCCUGGACGAGGUCGUCGACUCCGCGGCAGCAGAAGACAAGAAGGUCAACAAGGCCUUGGGCAAGUGGCUCAGCUACUGCAGUGUCAGCCCUGCCAGCUUCGAGACAAAGACGGCGUGCGAGAUCGAGCCUACGUUUGCCUGGGCCUACCAGCGCAUGAAGGACGAGCUGGCAUUCGCCCUGAAGACGAAGAAGCUGGCUGAGGCAGAGCACCAACAGGAGGUGAAGGACAACGACGAGGUGAUAGCCGAAUCUUUGAUCGAUUGCUUGGCGAGCGAGCAGUUCUUCAGCCUCCUGUCAGCACCGGACAAGAAGGAGAACCGCAAGAAGCUGCAGCUCAUGUGUGAGAGCUUCUUGAAGGCUUUCUUUGAGUCCAAGGAGAAGAACAUCUACCAGAAGUUGCCCGACGUGGUCAGCCGGGUCCUGGAGACGUUCCGACGCUGCUGCAGUGCAUGUGUUGCACUCCUGCACCCACGACCCGGCCAUGCAGGUUCAGAUUCUGCAGAUGCUGUUAGCAUCACUUCCAGCGCAGGACAGGAUGCGCUUGGCAAGAGGUUGCGCAAGCACUUCACGGAGCAGGGAAGUGUGUGGCAGAAGCUGUACGACGACCUUUUGGCCAAAGGCCAAAACACCAUCACUUUGAUCCCGAUGCUGGACAAGUUGACCGAGCAGCUCAGCAAUGUGACUUUGGACGAGGACGACGCCAACAGCAUCGUGAAGCAUGUGGACCAUGCCUUGCUUCGGAGCUGUGUAGAAAACCGUCCCAAGUUUGAGAAGCAAAUGCGGAGCGGCCUCUUGGGCCCCUUCGAUGUGCAACUCUGUCGAGUCACUUUGCUGUUGGCAAAGGCCAUCCCAUGUCACUCAGCCGAGCAGUUGGCACAGCUGAACCCGAACUUGGACGUGGAUGAUGUCAGUCAGGCUUUGGACUUGAACCUUCAAGCUCCAGGUAUCCCGGAGGCCAAGAAAGCCUUGACCGCCUGGCGCCAGCGUGAGAAGGGAUUCUUGAAGAUGCUCGAUUUCAAAAAGCUUGUUGACUAUUUCCCUGCCAUCGGCGAGGAUUUGCCUGAGGACUUUGGCUUUCUCUACCACGGCAAGAUGCUCCUGGACGGCAUCAACGAGGUCCCGGCAGAUGUGAUGGGCAAGGAUACAGCCAAGAAGCAUGCGUGUGGAAGGGCUUUCUUUCACCUCUUCGAUGCUUUGCUCAAGGACAGGAGAUGGUUCUCACGACUGUCGGUUCAGAGUGAAGAGUCAAGAACCCUAAAUGAAGAAUGUAGAAUGUAG